UAAGUAUAUAUUUUCAUAUGCAAAUUUUGUUCACAGCUAGGUUGGGAGAUCGGUCACACAGGACCAAGGAUUCGCUGACACUUACAUAGUUAUAUCAGACACCAAAUUACUUGUCCAUUUCCAACUCUAUCUUCCUUAAAUCCAUUCUCAGUUAGUAAGCUUGGUAUAGGUGUCCAUGCGCCUUUGACUUGGUUUUUUUGUUUCUAAUUAAAUGGAGCACAGAAUUUAAGAUUACAGACACAAAAAGAAUGGAUCUAGUAUUUUGGAUAGUUCUGGUUAUUUUGAAGAACAAAUGAACGUUUGUAAGUCAAUGCUUGAGUUGUCUGAGUUGGUUAGUAAUCAUCAUUAAUUUAUUUGCAAGUAGCUCUGUAACAUCAUUAUAAAUUUUCUGCUAAUAAUUGAAGCUGCAAAGUCUCUGGGUGCAUGUUCAGAACAGUUGUUAUGACUCAUUUCUGUGUCCUAAAACAAUAAAACUGAACUGUACAAAUUCUUCUUGAUCAUAGCAUAAACUAAUGAUUUUUCCCAAAACUGGACAAUAAGUGACCAGUUCUACAAUUUGACUUGGACUUGUUCUCUCAUUGGUUUGGUUCCCAGGCACUCUUUAUAUCUUCUUGAAAUGUUUAUCACAACAGUAGUUUAACUUUCUUCUUCAUUCGAUAUAUUGCUUUCUUCUUGAAGUUCUUAUCUGAGAAUGGCAGGAGUAAGAGGCUGUGCAAUUGGGAUUGAUCUGGGGACAACAUAUUCAUGUGUAGCAGUGUGGGAGGACGAACAGGGUCAUGUGGAAAUCAUAGUGAAUGAUCAGGGCAACAGGACUACCCCAUCUUAUGUUGCAUUCACUGAUACUGAGAGUGAGAGCUUAGUAGGCGAUGCAGCAUUUAACCAAAUUCUGAGAAACCCUACCAACUCAAUCUUUGAUGCAAAGAGGUUAAUUGGUAGAAAUUUCAGUGAAGCCACCGUUCAAAGUGAUUUGAAACUCUGGCCAUUCAAAGUCAUUAAAGGUCCUCAUGAUAAGCCAAUGAUUGUGGUUACCCACCAGGGACAAGAAAAGAAGUUUGCUGCUGAAGAAAUCUCAUCCAUGGUUCUCACAAAGAUGCGGAAGACUGCUGAAGCCUACCUCGGAUCACCUGUGAGGAAUGCAGUCAUCACUGUCCCUGCUUACUUCAAUAACUCUCAACGUCAGGCUACAAAAGAUGCAGGUGCCACUGCUGGCCUAAAUGUGAUGCGUAUCAUCAACGAACCAACUGCUGCAGCCAUUGCUUAUGGAAUUGACAAGAAGGCUGGUUGGUAUAGAAAGAAAACUGUGCUGAUAUUUGAUUUAGGUGGUGGUACUUUAGAUGUGUCACUACUGAGCAUAGGUGAUGGUGGUUUUGAAGUGUUGGCCACGGCUGGAGAGACUCAUCUUGGAGGUGAAGAUUUUGAUAACAGAAUGGUAAAUUACUGUGUAGAGCAGUUCAAGAGGAAGCAUAAGGUGGACUUAAUUGGAAAUGCUAGAGCUCUUAGGAGGUUGAGAAAUGAAUGCGAGAAGGCAAAGAGGCGGCUUUCAUCUACAACUACAACUGAAAUUGAAAUUGACUGCCUGGAUAAAGAAAAUGAUUUCUAUGCAACUAUUACCCGUGCCAAAUUUGAACAACUCAAUGUGGAUUUCUUCAACAAAUGUAUGAAGCCUGUGGAGAACUGUUUGAGGGAUGCUAACAUGGAUGUGAGCUAUGUUGAUGAUGUUGUUCUAGCUGGUGGAUCUUCUAGAAUUCCCAAGGUGCAGCAGUUACUACAGGAUGUGUUCAAGGGUAAGGAGCUGAGUAAGGGAAUUAAUCCUGAUGAGGCUAUAGCAUAUGGAGCAGCUGUUCAAGCUGCUGUCUUGAGUGGGAUUGGAAAUGAGAAACUCCAGGGGUUUACUCUCUUGGAUGUCACCCCUCUAUCACUUGGGGUAGAGACUAAUGAAAUUGGUGAUAAAAAUUUUAUGUCAGUUGUGAUUCCAAGGAACACUAGAAUUCCCACACAGAACAGGAUUUCGUUAGAAACUUCUUUUGACAGCCAGGUUUCAGUUAAAUUCUCAAUUUAUGAGGGUGAGAGUUCAACAACCUUAGACAAUAACUUUUUGGGUGAAUUUUGUCUGGAGGGCAUUCCUCCAGCUCCUGCAGGUGUAGCUAAAUUCGAAGCUUACUUUGAUAUUGAUGCAAAUGGUAUCCUGACGGUCUCUGGUCAGGAGAUGGGCACCGGCCAGAAGAAAACUAUCACAAUCAGUAAAAACUUGUGAAGAAUCGAGGGCCUGAAGUAAGAUAAUUUAUGCUCUAGUACCUGAAAGGAAAGGCAUACAUGUGUGCUGAAAUUGAUCUUCUGUUUCCCCAUCUUUUAUGCUAUUCUUAUGAAUUCAGUUACAGUCUUGCUCUGCCUACUGAUGAAAUUUUACAUUUUUUUGUGUUCUUGUUAGGUUUCUUUUCAGAUGCUUCUUU